GGGAAAUAACAAGAAGCAAGAGGACGGGAAACAAAACAGUCAGGAGUAGCUAAUGUGAGCUGAACAAGUAACUUUUAAUAUUUGUGUUGAUUGUGUGAAACGAUGGCUAUGUCCUAUGCCAAGAGCCACAAUAAGGGGUCCACAAAUGAGUUACAUUAAUGCCCCGCAAAGUUACAAAGACAGACAAGCCUCCCCUGCUAUUCGUGGAGCGGCCUUUAGGUGGAGCCAGACUCCAAAAUGUGCCUGACGUCCGAGCAGCAAUCAACCCCAAAGAGUUUUUCACAGAGACACAGAACAGAUCAGCUCUUAAUUCCUGGGUUAGCCCACAGUUCGAUGCUUCUGUUGCAGCUGCACCUCCAGUGAGACGAGGGAGGAGAAAAUGCCAGUCUGCCACGAGCAUCCUUGACGGUUGCAGUCCCCUGUCCAGGAAAACCAGCGUGUGCAGAUAUCCUUCAUUAUCAUUUCAUACAGGAUCAAGAGAUCAUCAACCAAAGACUACAAGAAAAAAGAAAGCUACAGAGUGUGGUGCUCUGUCUAAUGUGGGGGAUCAACCGCAGGGAUCACGCCAAAACAAACGGACAGUUCCAAGUGCACGGCACUCUGACGCACCCAAGAGACAGUUUACCUCGAUCAGGAAAAAGAAAACAGAAACAUUUUCUGAAGGUGCUGGGUCCCACAGCAGAUGUUUGGAUCAACCUGAAACACCAUCUAUUCAAGUGACGGAGAGAUGCAGAAUUCCAGCAGAAGGUGCUUCAACACCUGUCUCCAGUGAGUUUGUCACCACCGAGCUUAGGAGUGCCAGUCCACCACCUGAUGUGGACACUCCAAAAGUAAUUCAGGGAGGAAGCAGUUGUCCCUUGUCCCCCACUACACAUUUGCUACUGGCUGAGCCGUGCACACCGCCAUGUGAUCGGCCACCUGACAUUUUGGUGCCUGACACUCCAGAGAGGGAUUAUGGUGUGAAGGUGACAUGGCGAAGGAGGAAGAGUUUGAUGUUGUUUUUAAAAGAGAGGGGCCAUCUCUCUGAGUCAGACGCGCUAAUUCACAGCUGAUAUAGAGGAUCUGUACUAUUUUUUUGAUGAUAGUUGCUGAUUAACUUUGUGUUCAUUGAUUAAUUGACGAGACAGCUGAUGGUAUGAAAUAACUCUCUUACACAGCCCCUCUGCACAGACUUGGUAGGAGUAAUCGUAAUAAUACAAUAAUCAAAUCAAAACUUUACCCACAUCCAAAUUUAAUGGCUUCAAUAGUCAAAUAGCUCGACAGACUCCAGUUAUACUGCAUAUACUGAGAUCUAAUUCUGAUCUCUAGCAACACAAGCCAAGUUUGUCAGUCUCAUUCUUCUUGUAUUUUAUUUUGGAGAAAAAAGUUGAGUACAUAUGAACUGUAACUGGUAUCACAUGCCCGAAAAUUGAGCAAACACUAUGUAAAUACUUAAGCCUGAAGAAUCAUGUACAAAAUUGCUUUUGGUGCAUGUGCUGUGCAUGUUGAUAACACUGUCUUCAACUAUGCUGCAAGAGAGAUAUAAAAUAAAUAUAUAAGUGGAAAGAAAA